AGGAAGAUGAUGAGGAGCAAUUAGAUCUAGAAGGUGCACACCAACAAGAAUUAAAAGCAUUUCUUCCUAAUGAAUUAGAUGAUGAUUAUUUCUGUGAGGACAACUCAUUUACAUCGCAUGUUUUUUUUGAGGAUGCCUUGCUUACUAAUCAAACUUCAGAUGAAAAUAAAAAGAAUAAUUCUUCAUUAAUGUUGAAUACAGAUUUUCCAAAAGAAACUAACAUUAAAGAAAAUACAUUCCGUUUUGGAUCGAGUAAAGACCGUUUAAAAUUAGGGAAAAAUGUUAACUCACUUCUGCAGCAAAAAUCUUUUAUAUCUGAAUUAAAUAAUAAGGCUGAGAGCUAUGUUGAUGUUAACAGAAUAAAUACAGAGUACUUACCUAAAAAUAGUAGAGAACAUUCAGAGAUUCUUUAUCAAGCAACGGGAAGAAAAAUAGAAGAGUUGUAAAAAAGUUUAGAAGAAGAAGAGAAAGAAAAAAAUAUUAGAGUUCUCAGACAUAAGUUAACGAUGAGUUCAACCAAAAUGGAAGGUUUAAGAAUAAUUAAUGGUCAACUAAAUGCAGUCAUUCAAGAUCAAAAGUGUGAAAUUAAUAAUCUGCAGGACCUUCUUCAAAAUGAACAAAAACAAUGCAGGCUACUAACAAAUCAGAUCAAAGAAGCAAAUGAGAAGCUUUUUGUUUCAGAUUCUACAAUUAGUGAAUUACAGAUGCAAAUACGAGAACUCAACCAGACAGAAUCAUUAUCAAGAGCUCAUCAUGAAACCAUUUUAGCUUAUAUGAGGGAGAAAUACAAGGAAGAGGUUUUAUCAUUAAAAGAAAAAGUAGGUGAUCUGCAACAAAGUUUAGCAUGGAAGAGUGAGGACCUUAAUAAACUCAAAGAGCUUUUGAAAUCUAAUUCAUCGGGUAGGGAAAUCGGCAUGCUGAGAAAUUGCCUUUCUAAUAAAGAAAAAAAAGUGACAAGUCUAGAAAAAGAUUUGGCUUUACUCACAAAACAUAGUACUGCUUUGGAAGAACAACUAAAAAUGUUUAAAGUUGCUUUAAAAACAGAUUCUACUUUUGGUAAUAUAUCUUCCAUGCCUCGUAAUGUUGCAACUGCGCAUAUGGGAAGAGACCAAGUUGAAUAUAAAUCUCCAAUUGCAAGAGAUAUAAAUAGAUUAAAUAUCAAGUCAAAUGAUGACAGUAAUGUUCAAAACAAAUCAUCAAAAGUAAAAUGGCUUAAAGAGCACAACACAGACAAAGAUAUUCUUAUUCAAAAUUCAGUUUUGUCAUCAAAGGUUGAAUUUUUAAAUGAUUUCGAAAAUCAGUUAGCUAUUGAAACUAAUCAAGCAGUUGGUGUAACAAGAAAUGAACGGCUGAUGAAUCAUAUAGAAACUGAUUCAUCAAUCAAACAAUUAAAUGAUGAAUGGAACUCUGAACAACAGAUGUCUUCUCAUCAUCGUUGUAUAUUCAGUGCUAAUGCGGAACAACUUAAAAUAACAUCUGCUACAAUUACCCCAUUCUUACUUGAUAAAGGGGGAAUUUGUAAACUUUUACAGGAAAAAAAUAAUCAAUCAAUGUUUGUUUACUCUAUUGAAGAUUAUACAAAUGAAAAGAAAUGUAGAAAAUGCAAUUUUAAAGUAGAACACGACUUUAAACCUAUUGUAAAGCAUAGAGACUGUCAAUUCACUAUUGUAUUAAAUGGCGAAUCUAAGACCCAGGUCAUUGGAAAGUUUUGUAAUGUAAGUGACUGUGUGAAGUUAGUAGAAAUUUUUGAAAAUAUUAAAAACAUUUCAAAUUUGAAUAACAUAUUACUAAGUUCUAAAGAGAAUAUUUCUUCAGUUUAUAGUAGUCCUAAUUCUGUUUACUGUUCAACAAGUAUACUCUCGAGCUCAAAAAAUCGAACUCCGUUGACACCUUUGGGGAUGUCAAAAGUAACACCAUCCAAUACUAGUAUUCGCGAUCAUACACCUUCGAAAUCCAUAUGCAAACAAAGACUUUUUCCAUCUUUUUCAAAUGAAAGAGAUAAUGAUGAUUUUUUUAGUGCAACAGCGAUUGGUGGAAAAAAAGCUUCAUCGUUUUACAAAAUAAAUGACCUCCAAGAAAACAAAAAUUUACAAACAUCAAAAUUGCUUCAUAGUAAAAAACUUUUUCGUUUUCGAAAUAAACAAUCUUUAUCCAAUCACAUUAGUGAAUCAAAAACAGCUUUAAUCGGUUUUUCUAAUCUUGGUAACACAUGUUAUAUGAAUUCAAUUUUACAAUGUUUACUCAAUAUACCAAAUUUUUUUCAAGACAUGAAUGAUCCAGGCAACAUUAACAUUGUUCCAACUAAAAGUUUGUAUCACUCUUUAUAUAAUCUUGGUGUAUUAAAGUACUCAUUAGAUACACUUGAAAACCAAAUUUUUGCAUUAAAACAAGUAAAAUCUGUAAUUUCUGAAGCUGCAGUUAGAUUUUCAGGCUGUGCACAGAACGAAGCUCAUGAAUUUUUGUGUCAGUGUUUAGACCAAUUAAAAGAGGAUUUACUAAACAAUAAGGAUGAUAGCCAUUUAAUAGAUCAUAAUAGCUCAUCUGAUUCAGAUGAAAGCUCUAGAGAGAAAUGUCCUAUUAAGCAAAAUUUUGAAAGCAAGAUAAUGCAUACUGUAGUUUGUAAAAAUUGUGAUGAAAAAGUGUUUAAAACUGAAGUGUGUCAUGAUUUUUCUUUAGUUAUUCCUGAUUUUGAUGAAAACUCUGAUCCUUCAGAACAAAAUUUAAAUCAAUUAAUACAGAUGUAUUUUUCUGACGAAGUUGUUGAAUACAGUUGUGAAAAAUGCAAGUCUCCAACUUCUGUUUUGUCUCAUCAAUUUAAAAAGUUGCCACGUGUACUCAUAUUUCAUAUAAAACGAUAUGAUAUUUCUGAAAGUAAAAGAUGUGAUCGUGUUGUCCUUCCAAAAUUGAUUGAUAUGAAGUUUCUUGCAACAAGCAAUACAGCACUACCAAAAGAGUACAUUUUUGACAAAACCAAGCUUUGGAUAAAGAAGCCAUUGCUUAAAAACUCAAGCACUGAAAAACGAAAAACUUGUGAAACCUUAGAUUGUGAGCCGCUGAAUAAAACUUCUAAAAUGUCAUUGUUUCCUGAAAAUGAUUUAAAAAAGGAAUCUUUUAUGAGUUCAAGCAAAACAAAAGAAAAUACUAACGACACAUUUACAAAGUUAAGAAAUAUUGAUUCCAAAAAUGAUAACGGUGUUUUCUCUCCUUAUUCUAAAUACAACACAAAUAGUAACAAUGGGUCUAUUGGAACUUAUACUGAUCUUGAUAAGAAAUUUGAAGAAUUUACAACAGUGUCAGACGACGAAGAAGAAGAUUUAAAAAAAGCCCUUGAGUUGAGCAUGAAAGAUUUUAACAAUAAACAACAUGAUGAUGACUUAAGAUAUGAAAGUUUAUUUAAAUGUGACUAUGUCUCCGAUAUAAAUCCAUUAUCACCAAGCAUGAAAGGUCUUAAUGAAGAAACUGUUUCUCUAAAAUAUUCUUAUAAUUUAGUUGGUGUGGUUAAUCACCACGGAGCUCACACAAGUACUGGACACUACACAAGUGAUAUUUAUGAUUUUAAGUCUGACUGCUGGAAAAAUUAUAAUGACUCUACAGUUAAAGAUAUUAAAGUUCAUGAAGUAUGUUAUGGUCGCAGUCAAAGUGCGUGUAUAGUUUUUUAUUUGUACAACGCAUGCUACCAAAGUAUUAAAAACAACUUUAUAUGAUUUUUUUAAUUUGCUGGAGUUUUUGUAAGUUCAUUUUCACUAAUUUUUCUGUAGCACUGUUAUACUUAAUUUUAUAUUUAAUAUGUUUAAACAAAAGUUAUUAGUUUAGAGUUUUUAUAUUUAUUUAAAUACUUUUUUGUUUAUUUAAAAGUUUAUAAUCAAAAUUUAUUCUUUGGGCUGUUUAAUUCUUAGUAUAAUUUAAACUCUUUUAUAAAUAUUUAUUACAAUCUUAUUAUAUUGCACAAAUAUUACUAAACAAAAUUG